AUGAUGUCGUCCUCUUCUUCCACCAGCUUAACAGUAGCAGCAGCUCUUCUCCUCCUGUGUGUGUCUAUGAUGAUCAGUGGAUCAACAGGUCAGUUGAGUGCUAAUUACUACGGCCAUACGUGCUCCACAGUGGCCACCAUCGUCCAAAAUCAGAUACAAACCGCGUUACAGACCGACCCCAGAAUUGGUGCCAGCCUACUUCGACUUCAUUUCCAUGAUUGCUUUAUACAAGGUUGUGACGCAUCAAUUCUGUUGGACGACAGUGCCACUAUACAAAGUGAGAAAAAUGCCAUCCCAAAUAUAAACUCGGUUAGAGGAUAUGAAGUAAUUGACAACAUCAAGUCUGCUGUAGAGAGUGCAUGCCCUGGUGUAGUCUCUUGUGCAGACAUUCUCGCCCUUGCAGCCGAAAUAGGGGUUAACUUGGCAGGAGGUCCUUCAUGGACGGUUCAAUUAGGAAGAAGGGAUAGUACAACCGCGAACCAGAGUCUAGCCAAUACUACUAUGCCUGCUCCCAAUGACAGCCUCACUGAUCUCAAGUCUAAGUUCUCAGACCGUAACAUGAACACCAAUGAUCUUGUUACAUUGUCCGGUGCCCAUACAUUCGGACGUGCCCGGUGUCUAUCUUUCAGUUAUCGACUAUACAAUUUCAAUGGCACAGGCAAUCCUGACCCGACUCUCAACACGACUUACUUGCAGACUCUCCAACAGCUCUGCCCUCAGGGUGGAAAUGGGUCUGUCCUAGCCAACCUAGAUCCGACCACUUCCAAUGGAUUCGAUUAUCACUAUUACUCUAACCUUCAAUUAAACCAGGGUCUAUUACAAAGUGAUCAAGAAUUGUUUCCAACUUCGAAUGCGGAUACUAUCUCUAUAGUUAACGGUUACAGCAGAGAUAACAACUCAUUCUUUAACAGCUUUGGUCAGUCCAUGAUUAAAAUGGGAAAUCUCAGCCCAUUAACAGGAUCCCAGGGAGAGAUCCGAUUGAACUGCAGACAGGUUAAUUAA